CGUAGCAAGUCUAUAGCUUGCAAUUGCGGGCGCGUCGAUUGGGGUUCAGGCUGAUUCUAGCCGGAAUGUUUGGUCUCGGCCUCUGAUGCACGGCAGUACUUCAAAACCGGCCACGGGCGGUACCAACACUGCGGUACUUUAUAGCGCGACGCGCAGCUACAGAGGGAUCAUGUUGACCCGGCGGUCCAGUCUGGAGACCGGCAGUGCUCGGCAAUCGCAUGUCGAGUCGACUACAGCUUUACCUCCGACAACUCCAAGCACCGGUCCAGCAGGAGGUGCUGGACUGCUGGACCAAUGCAGGGCUCUAGUCGGCGCCUUGUCUUUUCGCGCGGGUUGGGCGGGCAAACGCUGCCAUUUUGUCUUUGUACCGGUCCCGCCUUAGCAGAAGGGCAGGCCUCGGGAACAGAUUUGAAGGAUCUAGCUCCCAGCGAUCCAGCGCACGGCUCAAAAUUACAAGCGCGGACAGUUGACUGCUCCAGCUCCAGCUAUCCAAAGCCCAAGACCUAAUCAUCGAAGAUGGCCGACGACGAGAAGCCCACGGACAUCACCGAGUCGGCGCCCGCACCAGAGGCACGCGCCAGCGUUGAUAACAUACGGCGGCGGCCGCCUCGCGCCAAGACGCGCCGGCGCGAAACCGCCCGGAACCUAAGAAACGGCCCGGGCUACGGCCGCGCGGCGCUCGCCGCGACGGAACCAAACGCAGAAACGCCGCGGCCCGCGAGCGAUGCGCGAUACGCCGUCGCCGCGACGAAACCGCCACACACGCGUGGCGCGGCUCGCCGCGAAGCUGCGAAACCGCCACGCCCGCGCGCAGGUCCAGGCCCCCGACCCGGCGGACGUCGCCGCGGCUCUGAAGGCCAACGACGACGUCCAGAACGCCAUGCACGUCCAGAGUUUACCGAUCCGAGCGUACCUCGACACCACCGUCGUGCCCGUGUUGUUGGAUGGCAUGAGCGCGCUCGUGAAAGAACGACCCCCGAACCCGGUCGAGUGGCUCGCGACGUACCUGAUCAAGAACAACCCCCAAGGGAGCACGAACCACCAGGCCUGAUUGUACCUUUUCUGUUGGCUCCUCAGUGCGCGCGCUGCCAGUGGGGGCCCUAAUUUUCUCGCCGGUUUGCA